CUGCCCCUCCCCAUCGCCUUACACCAUGCAAUUCCUCGUCGUCAUCUCUGCCUCUUUGGCGCUGGGCUUUCUCUUCGCUACUGCGGCGCCUGUCGUCGUACGGGGCACCGACCUCACAGCCACCGCUGCGUCUGACGCCUUGACGGCCAGACAGGACGAGUGUACGAAGCCCGAGAAUGACCGUAUGAAGGGGUCAUCAGGAGACAAAGGCGACGAAGGACACCUUCAGGCGUGUUUCUAGAUGAGUACGCUGUGGGGGUGCUGUACGACGUGGUUCCGUCAUAUACGCGCUGCUACAUAGGACCCCGAG